AGCCCGCGAGGGCAACGUCGAUGCGGCGCAGGAAACUGAGAGGAAGAAGGGCAUGUGCUGUUGAUGCGCAUGACCGAACCAACGAACGACAGCGCUGUUGAUGCGAACAAACGGCUUGUUACGAUUUCAUGAGGUAUCACUGAUAGUUCUGGGGUAAAAUAAGGCUGGGUUCGGGGUUUUCCCUUUUCUUUUCAUCGCUCUUCUUUCUGCUCUCCCUUAGCCUUUCCCGACUUGUCUCACACAUCAUCAUGAUGGUUGAUGAAAGAGGAGGUAGGAGGAAGUAGAUGGUUUUGCUGUGUUGUAUUGAUUGUGAGUUUGUUUGUCACAUUAGCGAUCGUCUCGUCUCUCUCUCGCAGCGGCGUCUUGCUUGGUGGAUUUGGGGUUCAGUUCUGGCUCUGUCUGUGUUUUACAACGAUCGUUUUCCCUGCAGAGGAGCGGAGGGGGGAGGGAGGAAAGUGCGGUAGAUUUACUAGCUUUGUGGAUUCAAGUGGAAGGGGCGUCUGUACUUUUGUUGGGCUUCUUUUUUUUCUUUCUCUGGCGGGAUGGACGGAUGGACGAUAUGAAGGAUAAAAUAUAGCA